AAAACAGUAGUGAAUCAAUCUUACAAUUUGAAUGACGUAAAGUGUUUUUCAAUAAUAAUUAUGAAGUUACGAGUGUUAAAACUACUCAUCAUUGUCACGAUUACUUCAGAAGUUCAUAAUACGCCAUCACAUGGGGCGCCAAGAUUUGUGGAAUAUUUUUGUAAAGGCAACGAAUAUAUUCUGUCGUCCUUCGGUUACUAUUCUUCCGAAGGCUAUAGUAUCUUUAUAAACAAACCAUUGCUUGCUAUGACUAAAAUAAAAUUGCAAUUUGAUUCUGGAUGCGCUGUACAAUUUUUGAAUAAUGACACAAGGUUUUCAGCUGAUAAGGAUACCAUCAAUAAUAUUUUUACUUUCGUUCUAGUCAAAGAUGUCGAUAAUUUAAUGUUUGUUGUAAGAGGUCGAUCUGCUCCAAAUCAUUCACCUUAUGUGAUAAGUUUAAAAAUCGAUGGUGUAGAAAAUUGUAGGGAACCUAAUCGGACAUAUUUCCAAAGAUACACAGGAGUUGCAAAAUUAUUUGAAAAAGCACCAGAUAAAUUUUGUGGUCGACGAAGAAUCAAUAGACGGUUUACCGAACUAAUAGUUAGUGGAUCUGGAACUAAAGCUGGAGAUUGGCCUUGGCAUGCCGCUUUAAUGAGACUUCAAAAAUCAAGUAUAAAGUAUAUAGGAGGAGGGACACUCAUUUCCAAAUACUUAGUCUUAACGGCCGCCCAUUGCGCGACAAUAAAUGGUAUACCAGUGAAUCCCGAAAUUAUGAAUGUUGUAUUGGGAAAAUAUACCUUAGUAGCAAGAGAUAUAGCUCUGCAAGAAAAAGAAGUAUUCAAAGUAAUAGUUCACGAUGGAUUCAACCACCGAACUCUUAACAAUGACAUCGCUUUGUUGAAACUAACAACUGAAGCAAUCUAUAAUAACUACGUUCAACCUGCAUGUAUAUGGUUCGAUGGUAUCUAUGAUCACCUUGGUCCUUACGAUAUAAAAGGCACGGUAGUUGGUUGGGGUUUUGACAACACAGAUACAUUAUCAACAAAAUUAAAAUCUGCUGCCAUGCCUCAAUUACCAGAUAUUACAUGCAUAGCAUUUGAUCCCGUUUUCUACUCCAAUUUUUUAAAUGGAAAACGAUUUUGUGCAGGAAAUGGAAAUGGAACAGCAGCGUGUAAUGGCGAUAGUGGCGGAGGCUUCAUGGUAUUUGUGCAAGAUGAUUUAGAUCGUAGUUAUUAUCUAGAAGAUUAUAUCGAUGGCGCGUGGUAUGUGAAGGGGAUUGUGUCAGUGAGCUUAGCAAGAUCUGACGCGUCCAUCUGUGAUCCUAGUGCAUACACAAUUUUUACUGAUGUGGCCGUAUACAGAGACUGGAUAUUAAAUAAUAUGAGCUAAAUUCAAUGGUGUUAUUAUAAAAGUCUCAAAUUAUAGAAACUCAACUGUUGUCUAAUUAUAAUAUUAUUAAAAAACAUAUUAUAUGCCUUUACUACAUUAAAAUGGAUGUUUUAUU